AUGUCGUUUGUAUUAUUCGAGACUAGCGAAUCCGUCAUAGAAUUGCUCUGGGACAUUGCCCUGGCAUUCUUCAUCCUACGCAUCGCUCUGGCCUACUUCGCCCUCGUCUUUGCCAGCAGCUUCCUCCUAUCAUACGCCCUCUCCAACCACCUCGUCCCCACCACCCUGCUCUCCCCGACCCCGGCGCACUCCGAGCUGCUCGCCCUCGGAUCCCAUGCCCUGCUCAUGGCCUUUUGGGCGCGGUUCGCCGUCGUCUACUUUGAAGUGCCCCGCGUCCUGGGCUUCCGGCUCGCUAUCGGGUUCGUCGCCGCCGCCUUCUUGUUCGCCGCGGAGGCCCUCGUGGUCUUUUGCGCCUCUGAGCAGGGCCUCGUCGGCUGGAUUUCCGGGAUGGAGCCCGCGGCUAGGCUGACCUGGCUGGGUCUUCUCGUCGCCUUUGCGCUGUUGCCCUCGCUGAUGAUGGCGGCGGAGAAGCCGGUGGUGGAUGAGUGCGAAAAGUGUCACUACGCCGCAACCUCCCACGGCCAGGAGAAGAAACCCGUCACGGCGGCAGUGUAA